CCUAUACACCUUUGGAAGGAGCUCACUAUGACAGGGCAGAGUCUGAAGGCUUUAUCUGAAGCGAAUUUUGAAGACAAUGAGAUCAGCAUUAAUGUUGGAGGCUUUAAGAAAAAGAUGAGAUCCAACACAUUAUUAAGGUUCCCCGAGACCAGGCUGGGCAAACUGCUGAGCUGCCACUCAAAGGAGUCAAUACUGGAGCUCUGCGACGACUAUGAUGACACCAAGAAUGAAUUUUAUUUUGAUAGGAACCCCGAGCUCUUUCCUUACGUGCUACAUUUUUAUAACACCGGCAAGCUCCAUGUGAUGGGUGAACUCUGCGUGUUUUCUUUCAGCCAGGAGAUUGAAUACUGGGGAAUCAAUGAAUUCUUUAUAGAUUCCUGCUGUAGUUACAGCUACCAUGGGAGGAAAAUGGAGCCAGACCAAGAGAAAUGGGAGGACCAAAGUGACCAGGAAAGUACCACGUCGUCUUUUGAUGAGAUUUUGGCAUUCUACAAUGAUGCCUCUAAAUUUGACAAACAACCCUUUGGAAACAUCAGGAGGCAGCUCUGGCUUGCUUUGGAUAAUCCUGGGUACUCAGUCUUAAGCCGAAUCUUCAGUGUCCUUUCAAUAGUGGUGGUGCUGGGCUCCAUCGUGACCAUGUGCCUGAACAGCCUCCCAGACUUUCAGAUUGUUGACAGCAACGGGAACCCCGAGGAAGACCCUCGCUUUGAAAUCGUGGAACAUUUUGGUAUUGCAUGGUUCACUUUUGAACUGGUGGCGAGAUUUGCAGUAGCUCCUGACUUUUUAAAAUUUUUCAAGCAUGCCCUGAAUUUGAUUGACCUAAUGUCUAUCCUUCCAUUUUAUAUUACCUUAAUUGUCAACUUGGUGGUGGAAAGUAGUCCAACUUUAGCAAAUUUAGGCAGGGUUGCACAAGUCCUGAGACUCAUGAGGAUCUUUCGCAUCUUAAAGCUUGCUAGACACUCCACAGGUCUCAGGUCCCUUGGAGCCACCCUGAAGUAUAGCUACAGAGAAGUGGGGCUUCUUUUACUUUACCUCUCUGUUGGCAUCUCCAUUUUCUCAGUAGUGGCUUACACCAUUGAGAAAGAAGAGAAUGAGGGGUUAGCCACCAUCCCUGCUUGUUGGUGGUGGGCUACUGUUAGCAUGACCACAGUUGGCUAUGGGGAUGUUGUGCCAGGGAGCACUGCUGGCAAGUUGACGGCAUCUGCAUGCAUCCUAGCCGGUAUCCUAGUGGUAGUGCUUCCCAUUACACUGAUCUUCAAUAAAUUCUCCCACUUUUAUAGGCGUCAGAAGCAGUUAGAGAGUGCCAUGAGAAGCUGUGAUUUUGGUGAUGGCAUGAAGGAAGUUCCGUCAGUCAACUUAAGGGACUACUAUGCUUAUAAAGUUAAAUCCCUUAUGGCCAGUCUUACCAAUAUGAGCAGGAGUACCCCCAGUGAGCUGAGCCUGAAUGAUUCACUGCAUUAG